AGACUGCACAACAGCAGCCCCCUCUCCUCCAGCCCCCAAACCUUCUCCACGGCACAGUGGCCUCCUGCGGCCCCUAUACACAACUUUGGGUCUCCAUUACAGCCCCGGUCCCAGCAGCCCAGACUCUCCCUCAGGUGGCGUUCACAUUCAGGAAGUCAUGUCCAGAUCGGGUGAUAGAACAUCCACCUUUGACCCAACACACAGUGACACCCUGCUGCAUGGGCUCAAUCUCUUGUGGAGAAAGCAGCUUUUCUGCGAUGUGACUCUGACAGCCCAGGGACAGCAGUUCCACUGCCACAAAGCUGUGUUGGCAUCUUGCUCCCAGUAUUUCAGAUCCCUCUUUUCCUCCCAUAAUGUAAUCAACAAUGAAGGAAGCAAAGGGGACCAGGGCAGCAGUGGGACCCCUUCAUCCUCUCCCGAUGACAAGCUGGUGACCACCAGCACCAGGCCCAUAAAUAACCUAGUGCUCCAGGGCUGCUCCUCCAUUGGACUACGAUUAGUGCUGGAGUACCUGUAUACUGCCAAUGUUACUCUUUCCCUGGACACAGUGGAAGAGGUGCUGUCAGUCAGCAAGAUCCUCAAUAUCCCCCAGAUUACCAAGCUUAGUGUGCAGUUCCUUAAUGACCAGAUCUCUGUGCAGAACUACAAGCAGAUCUGCAAGAUUGCUGCACUCCAUGGACUGGAUGAGACCAAGAAGCUGGCCAACAAGUACCUGGUGGAGGAUGUGCUGCUGUUGAACUUUGAGGAGAUGUGUGCCAUGCUAGAUGCUCUGCCACCCCCAGUGGAGUCAGAGCUGGCUCUCUUCCAGAUGUCAGUCCUCUGGCUGGAGCAUGACCGGGAGACUCGCAUGCACUAUGCACCGGACCUUAUGAAGAGGCUACGCUUUGCCCUUAUACCUGCCCCAGAGUUGGUGGAGAGAGUUCAGUCUGUUGACUUCAUGAGGACUGACCCUGUGUGCCAGAAACUACUCCUGGAUGCCAUGAACUACCACCUGAUGCCCUUCAGGCAGCACUGCAGGCAGACCAUGGCCAGCAGAAUCCGUUCCAAUAAGAGGAUGCUGUUACUGGUGGGUGGUUUGCCUCCUGGACCUGAUCGUCUCCCCAGUAAUUUGGUCCAGUACUAUGACGAUGAGAAAAAGACAUGGAAGAUCCUCACAAUAAUGCCUUACAACAGCGCACAUCACUGCGUGGUGGAGGUGGAGAACUUCCUGCUGCUGCUAGGCGGAGAGGACCAGUGGAACCCCAAUGGAAAGCACAGCACUAAUUUUGUCAGCCGCUACGAUCCCAGAUUCAACAGUUGGAUACAGUUGCCUCCAAUGCAGGAGAGGAGAGCCAGCUUCUUUGCCUGUCGCCUGGAUAAGCACCUGUACGUGAUUGGUGGCAGGAACGAGGCGGGCUACCUCUCCAGCGUGGAAUCCUACAACCUGGAGACAAAUGAGUGGAACUACGUGUCGUCUCUGCCACAGCCUCUGGCUGCCCAUGCAGGAGCGGUGCACAAUGGCAAGAUCUACAUAUCAGGAGGCGUGCACAAUGGCGAGUAUGUCUCCUGGCUUUACUGCUACGACCCUAUAAUGGAUGUGUGGGCGAGGAAACAAGAUAUGAACACAAAGCGUGCCAUUCAUGCUCUGGCUGGGAUGAAUGACCGCCUGUAUGCUAUUGGUGGAAACCAUUUGAAAGGUUUCUCCCAUCUAGAUGUAAUGUUGGUUGAGUGUUACGACCCAAAAGCUGACCAGUGGAAUAUCCUCCAGACACCCAUCCUGGAGGGUCGCAGCGGUCCAGGCUGUGCCGUUUUGGAUGACAGCAUUUAUCUUGUGGGAGGCUACAGCUGGAGCAUGUCCAGCGACGAGAUGUGA